AUGUCUUUGCUCUAUUUCGCAAAGUAUGCACUCUUUCUCUGGUACAGACGUUUUCGCACAAUUCAACAGUGUUCCCUACGCAGCAAUCGUCCUUCGGUGCCCGGUGGUACCACAUCACUCGUUCUCUCCAGACAACUUUCCCUUCGAAAUGGAAGAAUGAGCCCCAGCUCUGAGGAUAUUCGUAAUGGGACGAACGAAAGUUCGGCCCGUUUUUACAAGAAACUGGGGAUGAUAUCUCGUGGACAGCGUCAACCGGAACGCCUUAUUAAAGCCAAACGGCUGCGGUACAACGAGAAUCGGCCGUCUUCUUCUGGCGGUCUCUACAGCAACGUUAUCUUUGUUUAUAAAGGGUAA